UUUAUAUAUUUUAAUUCAUAAACAACAUUAAUCUGUACAUCCAGAUAUUCCGUUGCGAACUAUCGGAUUUAUUGGGGUUCAUCACUAGUGAUGAUCAACGGACAGCUGUUCCAUGUGUCCUUUAAUGGUUAUAACUUUUGGUAUUUUUGUUAGUAUUCUGCAAGUGCAAAUUAAUAGUUUAGGCGUACACAGGACGAAAAAUAAGAGAAAAUAAGUCAUAGAAUAGAAUAGACCAAAUAAAAGAUAAUACUUGUACCAGUUUUUUUUUUCGCUAUACCUAAAACGACUAUUGGUACUUAUUCAAAUCUUAAAUCGACAGAUACAAAUGUUACAAUACCAUCUAUUAUUUUCAUUAACAAUAUACGCGCUUUUAUAACGAUGAUCAUUUUUAUGCAGUGACUUUAUGGAAACAGUAUUUUUGUUAGUAUUUAUUAAACGAAUAUUGGGCAUUUAGACGCAUAUAGGCUGCAGUCACGCUACAUACAAACAAGUCAAAAUUUUUUGUGCAGCACCAGACAGCAAAAGAGACGAUUUGUUGUCAUUGUUGUUGCAAAAGACGUGGCGAGGACGCAAUUAAUAUCGCUGCACGAAUCCGACAACGGACUGAAAUACAUCCGCCAAGAUGGGUGUACCCAAGUUUUUUCGUUAUAUCAGCGAACGAUAUCCCUGCCUCAGUGAAUUGGCGCGUGAGCAUAGUAUUCCUGAGUUCGACAAUCUCUACCUGGACAUGAACGGGAUUGUCCACAACUGCUCGCACCCGGAUGAUAGUAAUAUCCACUUCCAUUUGGAGGAGACGCAGAUCUUUCAGGACAUUUACAACUACAUCGACAAGCUCUUCUACUUGAUCAAGCCGCAAAAGUUGUUUUUCCUGGCCGUAGAUGGUGUCGCACCACGUGCCAAAAUGAAUCAGCAGCGCAGCCGGCGCUUUCGCUCGGCCCGCGAGGCGGAGCAACUGGAGGCGAAGGCACGGCAGCGUGGCGAGAAGCGUGAGCAUGAACGAUUCGAUAGCAACUGCAUUACGCCGGGCACAGAGUUCAUGGUGCGAUUGCAGGCCGGCCUGCGCUGCUUUCUGCGAACGAAAAUCUCGCAGGAUCCCCUCUGGCAAAAAUGUCGGGUCAUACUCAGUGGCCAGGAGACACCCGGCGAGGGGGAGCACAAGAUAAUGGACUACAUACGCUACAUGAAGGCUCAGCCCACCUUCGACCCCAACACGCGUCACUGCCUCUAUGGCCUGGAUGCUGAUUUGAUUAUCCUUGGACUCUGUACCCACGAGCUGCAUUUCGUUGUGCUGCGCGAGGAGGUGAAGUUUGGCCGAAACGUGAAGCGCACCUCCGUGGAGGAGACGCGCUUCUUCUUGCUCCAUCUGGGCCUGUUGCGCGAGUAUCUAGAACUGGAGUUCCACGAGCUUUCGACCCCGGAGCAGAAGCUCGAUGUCGCUCAACUGAUCGAUGACUGGGUCCUGAUGGGCUUCAUGGUGGGCAAUGAUUUCAUACCGCACUUGCCCUGCCUGCAUAUCUCGUCGAACGCCCUGCCCUUGCUCUACAAGACGUACAUUCGCAUCUACAAGCAACUGGGCGGAAAUAUCAAUGAGCAUGGGAAACUGAAUUUGGAUCGAUUGCAGCAGUUUCUGCACGCUCUGAGCGAGGUAGAGCUUCAGCUAUUCGAGGAGCACAGCGACGAUCUGAAAUACAUGAAUGCCAAGACGGAGGCGUUCGACGUGGACAUUGACGACAUCAAGAAUGACAGCGGUGAGAGCUACAAUGAGGAUCUUGCUGCGCUCAUCGAUGAGAGUAUGAAGCUCUACGAGGACGACGACGACGAUGUGGAUCCCGACGACGAGCAGGCAGUGCUGCGCAGCGAGUUCCAGAACUACAAGCGCAACUAUUACCGAAAUAAAUUCAAGAACGAGAUGCAUGAGGACCUGAUUUCCGAGCUGAGCUAUCAUUAUAUCAGCGCCAUUCAAUGGGUACUCGAUUAUUACUACCGGGGUGUUCAGAGUUGGGACUGGUAUUAUCCCUUCCACUAUGCUCCGUUCAUCAGUGAUUUGAACAACAUUAAGAAUACCAAAGUGAACUUCAAGAUGGGCAAACCCUUUUUGCCCUUCCAACAGCUGCUUGCCGUGCUGCCAGCGGCCAGCGUCAAUCUCCUGCCGAUGGCAUAUCAUGACCUGAUGCUGAAGCCGAAUAGUCCGCUGGCUGAGUUUUACCCCACGGAAUUCGAAAGUGAUCUGAAUGGCAAGAAGCACGACUGGGAGGCCGUGGUGCUGAUACCCUUCAUCGAGGAGAAGCGCCUGUUGAGUGCCAUGGCCGACUGUGAGCCGCAGCUGAGUGUCGAGGAGCGCGAAAGGAAUCGCCAUGGGCCGAUGUACCAGUACGAUUACAACGCAAAGUCCCAGGGUCCAAUGAAGGGCCUGGCGCCACUCAAACCCCUGCAGAACGUGUUCUGCACGGAGCUGGCCCGUUGGUCCGAUGAAAUCGCCCUCAAUUCGCCAAGGACUGUGUGCGUGGAGCUGGCCAAUGCGGCCCGCCACGUCUUCUUUCCAGGCUUUCCCACGAUGAAGCAUUUGGAAUUCGAUUUUGAGUUGCGCCACGAUCGUGUCAAGGUCUUCGAGCAGCCGAGCCGCAAUCAAAGCAUGGUCUUGAUGCCGCGCCAGCGCGAAGCCCAGGAUUCCCUCCAGUCGGUGGCGGCCCAGCACCUGGGGCAGGUGGUGUACAUUGGCUGGCCGCACUUGAUCAAGGCCAAGGUGGAGAGCGUCGCGACGCGCGACCAAGUGGUGGAUCGCGAUGGCAUACGCGCGAAUGAGCCGCGACGCUUCGACUCGGACUGCAAGUCGCUCGAGGAACAUUUCACCGGCCGCAUGGCCAUCAAGUUCCCCAACUACGAUGUGCUCAUCUAUAUACGCACCUACAUCGGCAGCUCGGUGGAGUUCGGCAAACGCGGCAACGUCUUCAUGAAGGACUCGUGGAGCAGUGCCAUAACGGCGUACCCGGCACAAGGCGUGGUCUCCGACAUCAAGGUGCGCGACAACUUGCACGCGCAGUUCAACAAAAUCGAACAGCUCUUCCCGACGGGCAGCACGGUCUUCUUCAUUGGCAAGCCGUAUGCGGGCAGCGAGGGCACCGUGCUGGAUCCGAUGCUCGUCUACAGCUGUGGCCGUGUGCAGGUUAACAUCCGCGUGGGCCCCGAGCCACAGCUGAUGCCCGCACGCCUGCUGCAGGAGGAGCGCGACCGCGACUUCAUGAACUCGUACAAGGUGUGCCGUGAGUUGAAUGUGAACAGCAAAUGCCUGGGCCGUCUCACGGGCACCGUCUGGGUGGUGCUCGGCCCGCGCCGUGAGAAAAUGGAGAACGUCUCCAAGCACAACAUUGGACUGCAGCUGAAGUAUCCCCGUUUGAACGAGGAGCGCGCCGGUUACUGCCGCCGCAUCAACAACCAGUGGUUCUAUUCCUCGCUGGCCGUCGAUCUCAUGCAUACCUAUAUUGAGAACUUUCCGGCCAUUGUCGACUACUUCUCGAGAAGCGGCGAUCGCGGCGAGUUCAUCUACGAGGAGGACAUCUAUCCUCACGCGAUGGGCCAGCAUCUCAUCGAGGACGUGGCCAACUGGGUGCGCCAGCAGCCGCACAUGAAGGUGGAUCGCAUCACUUGCGGCUCGCGCACCGUUUGCAAGGAGACCGUCGAGCUGCUGAUAAAGGCUGUUGAUGAGCUGCGCAUGCUGCCCGUCAAGAAUGUCAAGCUGCAGGUGAAGCCGCACCUGCUGGUCAAGCCGAACGUGACGCUGCCCGACGUCUACCGCACGUCGGGCGCAGUGCGCCUCUUCGACCGUGUCGUGGUCGUGCGCACCAUCUACAUGGUGCCCGUGGGCAUCACCGCCACCGUCAUCGGCAUACACCCGGUCUCUGACCCGAAUCCAGUGCGUCUGGAGUGCCUGAACGCAGUGGAGACGUUCUGCGAACUGCUCUUCGAUCGGCCGGUGUCCAACUGCGGCGACAUACACGGCAUAGCUGACGAGCGCAUCUACAAGGUGCCGGAGAGCGCCUUGGUCAUCAUCAGCUCGCUCGAAAACGACGAGAAGCAGCAGCCGAAGCAGCAGGCAAACAUGGCAGUCUCGUCGCCCCUCAAGACCCGAACGGAUGCCUUGCGCCGCAACUGGCGCGACCAGCAGCAGCAGCCGCGCUUUGUGACGGCUGCGGGCAGCAAGUACAAUCCGAUCACGAUGAACACGCGCAUCGCCGACGAAUUCUAUUGGCCCAGCGAUGCGCCAGCCACGAGCUCCGCGUCCGGCUCCACGUCUGGCUCCACUGCUGCCUCGACUUCGGCUCAAGCAGCAGCCACAGCAGCCACAGCAGCCGCAGCAUCUGCAUCAGCUGCUGCUCUAAAUCAAGAGGCAGCUUCCGGCCAGAAGGAUCUGAUGCCCUUGCCGGACUGGCGCAGCUUAAGCAAGCCAAAGUUGCCGCUGCUUGCCAAUCAGCUCGAGCAGCAGCAGCAGCAGCAGCAGCAACAACAGCAACAAGGGCUGCUGCAGCAGCAGCAGCAGUCGCGCAGCCAAGGCGGCUCGGCCUCGCCCACUGAUCAAACUCAGGCGCUGAAGCUGCUGUUGGGCCUGAAGCCAUCGUCGCAGCAAAAGCAGGAGCUACAACAACUGCAGCAGCAGCAGCAGCAUCAACAGCAGCAGCAGCAGCAGCAUCAACAGCAGCAGCAGCAGCAGCAUCAACAGCAGCAGCAGCAGCAGCAUCAACAGCAGCAGCAGCAGCAGCAUCAACAGCAGCAGCAGCAGCAGCAACAACAACAACAACAACAACAGCAGCAGCAACAACAACAACAGCAGCAGCAGCAACAACAACAGCAG